GAGCAGUAGAAAUCCCACAUUCUCCAUCGGCCAGACUGGCUGCUCGACACUGAGUACUGCAAUUACGCCAAAUCUCCGUCACCUAAACUGGGAGCUGGACGGCAUGGAACGGCAUCCACACAUGUGCCCCAUGAGUUUCUCUGUCACGGCACCCCAAGGAACGACUGACAGAAGCUGGCAGAAAGAGUGGAAACUGGGGAUGGGAUGGGCCGAGCAAUGAAUCUGAGGGACUAGAGCCCAUGCUCGGGAGUUAUGUUACUGGAACAGCUCAACUGCUGUAUGUGAGUUGCUCCCAUGCGGGGGGUUACUAUUCGCAGCUGAUGCCUCUUGUUUCCGAUGCCUUCGCCUGUUUCCUCGCUGCUAGCGUUCCUUGUGGUCUCGUCCCAUCUCUAGGACUACGCCUUGGCUCCCCGUGGGCUCCUCUUCGCCUCGUCGCGCUGUCCGGGCUGCUCGUUGAUCGCUUGCUCGACUUGAGGGACUGUGGCCAGUGGCUUAGAGCGGAGAGCGGAGGAAUAACUGUGCGAAGGGCAGGUCUGGAGCGUUGCGUGGUUUCUGGAUCGUAAGACUGGCGCCUCAAUGACUGAGUUGGCGGCGAAGGGAGCAAUCCCGAAGAAGCAGGAUGGAAUCAUAAUCGGGAGGAGUUCUGGGAAGAGAGAAAUGGCAGCAGCAGGAGCCGUUUUGUAUACGCUUGUGGCACUUUUGUGCGCUUCUCUUGUUGAUGGAGCCACUGAUCCAAAUGAUGUAAGUACAUUGAAUUUUAUGUUCACUGACAUGAAUAACAAUCCGAGGCUUACCAACUGGGUGCAAAGCGCCGGUGAUCCCUGUGGUAACAAUUGGCUGGGGAUUACUUGUGACGGCGGUUUUGUCUCCUCCAUCAAGCUAUCCAAUCUUGGCUUGAAUGGGAAGGUCGAGGGAUGGGUAAUACAAAAGUUUUCGCGCCUCACUACGCUCGAUCUUAGUGGGAACAAUUUUGAUUCCUCUGUCCCUGCGUUGUUUCCUUCCAAACUGACUGAUAUAAACCUGUCGAACAACCAGUUCAAGGAUAGCUUCCCUUACGGACUUUAUGACUGCCCUGGUUUAAAAAGCAUUAAAUUCAACAAUAACAAGCUGGAUGGUACACUUAACGGCCAGAUUUUUACGAAACUGGUGAACGUGGUCACCUUCGAUAUUUCCAACAACGAGAUUUCUGGAUCGAUUCCUGGACAGAUAGGUGACAAUAUGGCGAGCCUUCAGUUUUUGUACUUGCAAAACAAUAAGCUUACCGGCCAACUACCAACUUCCUUGGCUAAUCUCAUGCCACUGCUAGACACCUUUGACGUCUCUAAUAACCAGAUCACGGGGUAUCUACCACCGAACUUCAAACCAAGGAAUCUCAGAACUGAUGGCACCGCUAUCAGCAAAAAUGCUCCUCCUCCACCUCCAUACACUGCGCCGCCACCUCCGAGGCGCAGAGCCAACCCACCUAGUGCCCCAUCUGGUUCAUCAAGCUUCUUAACUGGUCCUAGAAUUGCUGGCAUUGUCGUGGUAAUCGUCCUGGUGCUCGCUGCUAUCAUCAUCGCCGUGUGGUUCCUCGCCAUCCGUAAACGCUCGAAGCGCACUAAAAAGCCGGAUGUCGAGGCUAGUAACCACAGCAACCGGCGUAGUUUCCGGUUUCCACCUCUGUUUCCAACCAAAACAGAGAAGACAAGUUUUGGUGCAGACAAGCCCCGCAAGGUUGGUAAAGAAAAGACAUCUAAGGCCAAGAUUUUUGAACCAGAGACUCUAGUGACGAAAACGGAAGAACCGAAGAAGAUCCUCAAGGCCACACCGCCAGUGAAGGCGCUCAAAGUGCCGCCAGCGUUCAAGGGAGAAGAUCCCGUAGCCAAGUCGAAAGCUACUGGUGGAGGGAGCAAGGUCACCAAGCCGCGCAACAUUGCAGCUACAGCUUUCUCCGUGGCAGAUCUUCAGGCGGCCACUGACAGCUUUUCCCCGAACAACUUGCUCGGCGAGGGACGCAUGGGGUGCGUUUACCGCGCCGACAUGCCGGACGGCCAGAUCCUGGCGGUGAAGAAGCUGGACCCAAAGGCUGGCUCUAUGAUCCAGAACGAGGACGACUUCUUAAGCGUGGUGGAGGGCCUGGCGCACCUGCAGCACGCCCACGCAGCGGAGCUAGUGGGGUACUGCGCGGAGCAUGACCAGCGGCUGCUGGUCUACAAGUACAUCAGCCGCGGGACGCUCUAUGAUCUGCUCCAUGGCACCGAAGAGAACACUAAGGGCUUGUCGUGGAAUAUGCGUGUUAAGAUCGCCUUGGGUGCAGCCCGAGCUCUUGAGUAUCUGCACGAAGUGUGUUCUCCGCCUGUCGUCCACCGCAACUUUAAGGCUGCCAACAUUCUGUUGGAUGAUGAGCUUAACCCACACGUUUCGGAUUGUGGCUUGGCCGCUUUCGCUCCAUCUGGCGUCGAACGGCAGGCUUCUGCGCAAUUGUUGGGCUCCGUCGGAUACAGCGCUCCAGAAUACUCCAUGUCAGGAACUUACACAGUGAAGAGCGACGUUUACAGCUUCGGCGUUGUGAUGCUGGAGCUUCUGACUGGGCGCCAGCCUUUGGACAGCUCAAGGCCAAGGUCAGAGCAAUCCCUGGUGCGCUGGGCAACCCCCCAACUACACGACAUCGACGCAUUGGCACGGAUGGUGGAUCCAGCGCUGGAGGGUGUCUAUCCCGCCAAGUCCCUCUCCCGACUCGCUGAUAUUGUUGCCUUAUGUGUCCAGCCUGAACCCGAAUUCCGACCUCCCAUGUCUGAAGUGGUACAAUCGCUGGUACGCCUCAUGCAGCGCGCCACGCUGAGCAUCAAGCGCCGAUCCAGUGGAGCUGCUUCCGAUAUGGGCCCUUCCUCUCCGUCUGACAUUCAGGAAUACGACUAACUUCCUGCAACAGAGAGAAUUCCGAAUGGCAAGCUUCGGUGAUCAGUACUUUCGGCACGCAUCGAUUCCCCUGUAACUUGAUUGUUUUUGAAAGUGGUGACUACAUGAACAAAUGUUUCUGAUGUUACGCAUUGCCAGGUUUUCUGACCUCGGCUCUUCCGAAGGCUUUGAAGAAAACUUGUCACAGAUUCUGCGCAUGCCAGAGCUUUUCUCAGAGAUUCUUGUUGUGUUUUUAAUAAAAAGAGGGUUCUGUAGAGUAUCAGGGCGUUUGGAGUAAGAAUGCCGUGCUCCGAAAUCUGCUUUGCACAGUAGGCAACGGAGUCAAACCUUUCGGUUACUUGGCGCAUUUUUUCUCGCUCGUUCGACCGUUUGUGUUACUGAAAGUAGCAACCUCGAUUCUUUUCUGGAGGUUAGUAAAACCACCAGCAGUCCACAUUAUUGUGCAAUGGUUAUUUUUAUUUCGACAAGGAACCAAUGGAUGGAACAUCGUAUCUGUUCAAGUUGUAAUUUUGAUAUUGAAAGAGAAGCAUUAGCUUGUGUGGUUCUGCUCAGUUAGUGUUUUGAAGCCUCCUUACAGAUAAAGUAUCUAGAGCUUAGAACUGCAAUUAGAGUCUGCACUCUGUUGUGAUGUCAUUGAAGUUCGAUGAUUUUGUACCAUUCCGAACCUCAAUACCAUCAAUUAUAUAUUUAACUAGUGGGAAUGUGUGCUCCUGAGCGCAACACUCUUGCAAACUUCAAUUUGAUUUUUACUUUGCAGAUC